AAUGAUUCAAAUGUUAUAACGAAAGUUAAUUCAGCAAAUAGUGAUCCAAUGAUUGAUUCCAGAAUUAUUAAUCCUGAACAUGCUUCUUUACUCGUCGAAUUUAUCAAGGGAAUAAAAGAAGAUGCUUUUGGUACAUCAUAUGAUUUUAAUUUACUCAUUCGUGGAACUGAUAAUGGGAAUAAUGGGUUUAAAGAAGGUACUUUUUAUGAAUCUUGUGAGGAGAAAGGGCCUACAAUUACUUUUGCUCGUGUUAAAAAUACGAACGAAAUUCUUGGAGGGUUUAAUACUUUAAAAUGGAAAUCAUAUGGUACGACUAUCUGUGAUAAAGAAAAUUUCAUAUUUUCUUUGGAUAAAAAUGAUUUAAAGAAUCCAAUUUUUAGUAAG